AUGUCUGUCCGUCCUGUGGGCGCCUUGCUCCCUCCUUCUGCACAGCCGGAACCAGAGAGAGCAGACGCCAUGACCCCCACCCUGACGGCCCUGCUCUGUCUUGGGCUGAGUGUGGGCCCCAGGACCCGAGCGCAGGCAGGGACCCUCCCCAAACCCACCAUCUGGGCUGAGCCAGGCUCUGUGAUCCCCCGGGGGACUCCUGUGACCAUCUGGUGUCAGGGGAGCCUGGAGGCCCAGGAGUACCUCCUGCAAAAAGAGGGAAACUCGGUGACCUGGGACAGUCAGAAGCCACUGGAGCGCAAGGACAAGGCCAAGUUCUCCAUCAAACACAUGACAGAUGUAGUUGCAGGACGAUAUCUCUGUAACUAUCGCAGUCCCACUGGCUGGUCAGAGCCCAGUGACCCCCUGGAGCUGGUGGUGACAGGAUGGCAUGGCAAACCCAGCCUCUCAGCCCUGCCCAGCCCUGUCGUGACCUCAGGAGGGUACGUGACCUUCCAGUGUGGCUCAUGGUUGGGACUCAACAGGUUCGUCCUGAUGAGGGAAGGAGAACACCAGACCUCCUGGACCCUGGACUCCCAGCGAGCCCCCAGUGGGGGGUUCCAGGCCCUGUUCCCUGUGGGCCCCGUGACCCCCAGCCCCAGGUGGACGUUCAGAUGCUAUGGUUAUUACAACAACAACCCUCAGGUGUGGUCGUACCCCAGUGACCCCCUGAAGCUGCUGGUCUCAGGUGCAUUGGGGAAGCCCUCCCUCCUGACCCAGCAGGGCCCUGUCGUGACCUCUGGACAGAACCUGACCCUCCAGUGUCGCUCUGAUGUCGGCUACGACAGAUUCGUUCUGUCCAAGGAGGGCGCACGGGACCCUCCCCAGCUUCUUGGCCGACAGCCCCAGGCUGGGCUCUCUGGGGCAGACUUCUACCUGGGCCCUGUGAGACCCUCCCACGGGGGCCGGUACGCAUGCUAUGGUGGACGCAAGCUCUCCUCCGAGUGGUCGGCCCCCAGUGACCUCCUGGACAUCCUGGUCGCAGGACAGCUCCCCUACACACCCUCCCUCUCAGUGCAGCCGGGACCCACGGUGACCUCAGGAGAGAAUGUGACCCUGCUGUGUCAGUCAUGGAGCUCUGAGGACACUUUCCUUCUGUCCAAGGAGGGGGCAGCCGAUCCCCCCCUGCGUCUUAGAUCAAAGCACCGAGCUGGGCAGCACCAGGCUGAAUUCUCCAUGAGUCCUGUGACCUCAGCCCACGGGGGGACCUACAGGUGCUACGGCUCAUCCAGCGCCUCCCCCUACCUGUUGUCCCAGCCCAGUGACCCCCUGGAGCUCCUGGUCUCAGGAACAGCUGACACCGUGAGCCCACCCCAAAACAAUUCAGACCCCAGCAGUGCCUCAGAUUGCAGGGAUUACACGGUGGAGAAUCUGAUCCGAAUGGGCGUGGCUGCCUUGAUCCUGGUGGUCCUCGGGAUUCUGCUACUCGAGGCUCAGCACAGCCAGGCAAGGACCCCAGGUGCAGCCAGGAGCUAAACACAAGGGGGAGCCAACCCACCAUUCCCUCUGGCAGACCUUUGGACAUCAAUCUAAUCUGCCCAAGGGGGUCUGGAAGAAAGCCUGCAGCUCAUGCUGGCUGAUCUGCCUGCUGAGAACAUCCAGGGGAAACAUGGUUUAGAUGCCAGGAAAUGUCUGGGCUGUUCUCAGUCCAGGACUCGUCCCCCAUGAACUGUGGUGCUUUCCCUCCUGCCAUUGUUGGACAUCCUUGACUGCCCCCCGUCUUUCCUCAUCCCUGUGACUUGAGGGUUCGUCCCACACGGCAGGGUUGGGUUCAUACCUUCCUACAGCAGCAGCUCUGGUCCACUUUCAUGGGAUACAUUUUCCUUUACUUGCCAUUUCCUCAUUCCCUGAUGUGCACCUCCAUCCCUUCAGCCCAAAACACAAAAUCUGUUUUCGUAAGUAAAUAGAUGCGUGAAA